AUGCAAGCAGCAUUUAGGGGAAGGAAGCACUACCCCACACAAAAUGUUCUUGUUGCUGUUGACUUUGAUCUAAAAUUUAUUUAUAUCUUAGCUGGUUGGGAAGGGUCUGCUCAUGAUGCUACUGUUCUUGCUGAUGCACUAGAGAGGGAGGAUGGGUUAAGGGUUCCACUAGGAAAAUUCUACUUAGUAGAUGCUGGAUAUGCUUGUCGUCUUGGAUUCCUUCCUUCUUACCGUGGCACUAGGUACCAUCUAAAAGAGUAUGGUGGUAGGAACUACCCAACCAACCCAAGCGAGUUGUUUAAUUUGAGGCAUUCAAGUCUGAGAGUUUCUGUUGAAAGGGCUUUUGGUGCUUUGAAGAAUCGUUUUCGCAUCAUUGAUAAUAAACCAUUUCAUCCCUACAAGACAAAAGUGAAGUUAGUACUUGCUUGCUGCAUAUUGCAUAAUUGGAUACUUGGGCAUGGGGUUGAUGAGGUAGUUCCUGCUAAGUUCUCAUGGGUGCCCAACAAUAAUGCAAGUCCUGGACAUGGGGUCCAGCUGGAUGACAAUGCUGUUUGGGCUCAAAGAAUGGCUGAGGAGAUGAAUGCUGAGAUCCUUGCUGCUGAUGAGCUUGUGUUCCCUGGUGGGGCUGUUGGGGCUGAUGGGGAUGAUGGGCCUGCUGGGGCUGAUGAGGCUUUUGGGGUUGUUCCUGGUGGUGCUCAGUAG